AUGUCUGCAGACAGCUCGGGCGCAAGGAUCGCGCUAUUCACGGAUACACACCUCGGGUUCACUGCCCCGUCUGCACGCCCCUGCAAUGCCCACGAAAACUACCUGCUUCUUGAGGAGUGCCUCUGUCUGGCCCGCAAGCUGGGCGCGCAUGCUAUCCUGCACGCCGGAGACUUCUUCAACCAGAACAGGCUGUCCAGCAAGAAGGUCAUCAAGGCAAUCUGUGCACUGAGACGAUACGGGGUCUCGUCCUUUGCAGACCACAGCGACGGCGACUCGAUACCCAUGGCCCUCAUCUACGGCAACCACGACAACAACGAUAAGAUUUUGGGCCUCCUGGAGGCGGCCGGGGCGGUGAGCCUCUUGGGGCACACUCAGGCCGGCAAAAGCCUUACGCUCCAUCCUCUCUGCCAGGUAGUUGGCGGCGUAGAGCUCGUCGUGUACGGACUGGAUUACCACAAAGCGUGGCAGAGAGAUGUGGCACCCGAGAUUUCCUUUGCCCCGGCCGCUCGCUCAGCUCUGGAGGACGAAGCGGUGGGGAGAGGCGCUAAAGGAGGACGCAGGCAUGCACGAUACACCUUCCUGGUUCUUCACCAAGACUAUUCAGACCAGGUUGGAAGAGACAAGAUCAGCCUUUCAUUCGUCGACCAGUGGAAUCAUACGCAUGCCCCGGAAGAGCGCAUAGACUUUGUGUACAUAGGGCACGAGCACGACGAGACGCCUCCUCGCGACGGGGAGACGUUCACGCUUCUUAUGCCCGGCUCUCCGCAUAGACAAAGCAGGAAGGGAAACCUUCUCAACGUGCGACAGGAGGAUCGAAAUUUCUACUUACUGACUCUUCCACUGCAGCGGAAGUGUCUUGACAGUCCGCCACUGCGGUAUUGCCAUCUGAAUAGAUACAAUCUACUCUCUGGAAGUUUCUACCACAUAGGGGCCAAAUCAAUUGAUAUUGUAACAGAAAAAUACCGCAUAUCGAAAAGCGAACAUGAUUAUACAAAGAUUGCUGAAUGCAUUAAUACGUCAAUAAAUAGCGAGAUUGAAGCUGUCACCAAUCAUGCUGCUUCUUUAUUGUGCAAACGAAUUAUGCCAUGUAUUAUCGAUCUCCAGAAGCACUGUAGGGAGCUGUAUUCAAAUGGUCAUUCUAUUGAAAGUAUUGUCGCCAGUCUGGCCUCUCUUCGCUCAGUAAUGCAACCACCUGCAGGAUCCUACAGCUUCCAUUCACUGAUAGCUUACUUGCGUUAUUAUCACAAUCACAUCUCUCUGGAAGGAAGUUUGCACUCAUCACCAAGGGCUCAUAGUAUCGAAAGUAAUGAUCCUUCUUUCCUAAAUGUCCUUAAAGACAUUGUCAGAAGCCUACUCGACAUCGAUCUAGAGGAAAGCGAAGAAUGCUUCGCCAUGGGUGACCAACAGAAUCAAACGGUCCUAGCUAAUAUUCGCUGCAAGGGCCUUUCUGAAGCUGCGAUCAAAGAUGCUAUCCUUUCGACCAACAUGCUCGCAAAGGAUAUAAGUCUUCCAACAAUCUAUGCUCAGUUUGCAUUUACCAUACUCUUUAAAUUAGCUAGGGAUCCUUUGCAACACACAGCUGAGGAGCAAGGACUUCUUGCAUCUAUUUGCAAUAGCUUUGAGCUGAUAUCUAUAGAGCUUGUUUGUGUAGACAAGAUACAGAGGCGCUACGCACAUUUAUACAUGAACAAUAGAACCUUCGUUGAGCCUCUGAUGUUUAAGGCGGACACAAUAGUUAAUCAGCAAUCCACUAGCGCAGAAAGAGUGGCUAAGUCAGCUGAGAAGGACAGCACAUGUGUACAAAUUCUUCUAACAUCAUUACAGGCAGUAUAUGACCAGGCAGUUAGUUAUGCACGUGGUCAGGAAGAUCGUAGGCUUAGCGCGGUAUCCUUAGAGAAAUCAGCAACUGGCUUUGCAGAAAGAGAGCCAGAGGCCAAGCAGACUGGUAUCAGGAGCGGUGCUUCAUCUGUACUGUCUGUUACUAGUGUAACUGAGACAGGAUCUUCUUCCACGAUAGUUACCAAUAAAGAAGAACACGAAGAUAGCCAAAGCGUCACAUUUCUUGAUAGCAUUAGCAGUGAUCUUCCUGAGACAACCACUCAGGCACAACACUCCCUUGUUUCAGACGCCCUUGCUAUAAUGUACAUGGUACCAGAGAUUCUUAAAUGCUUACAGCAAGAUGAUGGGUGUAUGGUAAAGGAACACGGCGUUGGUCGGGGAAAUAGUACGGCAAAACAGUUGGAGGAAGUGCGCAAGACUUGUACAAAAACCCUUAGGGCGCGGCUUACUGAGGGAUACUCUUCAGCUCUAGCUACGUUUUUCGAAGCCCCUUCUUCUACUGCACAACAUACUUGUCGUUUCACAUCGCUUCUUCAGGCGUGCGAUGCAGCCGAAGCCAAUCAUUUACAAGUUACCCUAGAGCAUCACGAUAACGACCUUACCAUAAGUGCAUAG